AACGAGAGAAACACUCCACUUUCAAACACUAGGAUUUGGGCCCGGGACCCAUAGACAGGACAAGAAGAGAGUGGGAUGGCCUGGUACAUCCUCUACCUCCUGAACCUUCUCUGGGCUGUGGCUGGGACCAGCACCCAAACCCAGGGCUCAUGUUCUGUCCCCCCAGCACAGCAGCCCUUGGUUAAUGGCAUACAAGUGCUCAUGGAGAACUCUGUGACCAGCUCAGCCUUCCCAAAUCCCAGCAUCCUGAUCGCCAUGAAUCUAGCCGGAGCCUACAAUGUGGAGGCCCAGAAGCUCCUGACUUACAAGCUCAUGGCCAGUGACAUAGCCGACCUGACCAUUGGCCAGCUUGCCCUUACUGUCAUGGCCCUCACCUCCUCCUGCCGAGACCCUGGGAAUAAAGUUUCGAUUCUACACAGACAAAUGGAAAACUGGGCUCCUUCAAGCCCCAAUGCUCAGUCUUCAACCUUCUACGGGCCCAGUCUGGCGGUCCUGGCACUGUGCCAGAAGAACCCUGAGACAACCUUACCCAUAGCAGUCCGCUUUGCCAAGAUCCUGCUGGCCAAUUCCUCCCCCUUCAACACGGACACAGGAGCAAUGGUGAUCUUGGCUCUGACUUGUAUGUACAACAAGAUCCCAGUAGGUUCAGAGGAAGGUUACAGAAGUCUGUUUGGUCAGGUACUAGAGGACGUCGUGGAGAAUAUUAGCAUGAAGAUCAAAGACAAUGGCAUCAUUGGAGACAUCUACAGUACUGGCCUUGCCAUGCAGGCUCUCUCCGUGACACCUAAGCACCCUCCCAAGAAGUGGAACUGCAAGAAGACCAUGGACACAAUACUUAAGGAGAUUGAGCUGGGGAAAUUCCACAAUCCCAUGUCCAUUGCCCAAAUCCUCCCUUCCCUGAAAGGCAAGACAUACCUAGAUGUGCCCCAUGUGUCUUGUAUCCCUGGUCAUGAAGGGCAACCAACCCUGCCCAGCCAAACCAACCCUGCUCCCACCUCAGCAUCCAACAUCACCAUCAUAUACACCAUCAAUAACCAGCUGAGGGGGGUGGAGCUGCACUUCAAUGAGACCAUCAAUGUCAGUGUGAAAGCUGGAUCGGUGCUACUUGUUGUCCUAGAGGAAGCCCAGCGCAGAAGCUCCAUGUUCAAAUUUGAAACCACAAUGACAUCUUGGGGCCUUGUUGUCUCCUCCAUCAAUAAUAUUGCUGAAAAUGUUCAUCAUAGGACCUACUGGCAAUUCCUUAGUGGCAAAACACCUUUGAAUGAAGGCGUUGCUGACUACAUACCCUUCAACCAUGAGCACAUCACAGCCAAUUUCACACAGUACUAAGGACGAAGUGGCUUCAGGUUCUCUCAAACACCUUCAAAGGAUGAUGGAAUUUUUGUUCAUUUCAUUUCAAAUCUACGCCAAAAGGUGGAAAUCUACAAUGCUCCCAUAUUCCUGGUAAAAAAACAAAAAACAAAAAACAAAAUCAUGGAAAACACUGUGUAGAAUAAAUGAUUCAAACUUC